AUGCAAAAAGAAUUGGAGAGAAAAGAAAAUGAAAAGAAUGCAAGGUUUAGUAAGACAACAUCUCUUAAUGAUGAUGAUAAGAGUGUUGAACAAGAAGAAAGUAUUGGAGAGAAAAAAGGAACACAAAAAUCGUUGAGAACUUAUCAACCGGAACAUUUGAAAACAUUUAUUUGUUUUAUAGCACUACUUUUAUCAUUAUUAUUAAAUCAACUUGUAAUUUGUUUAGCGCAUGAUAUUACCAGUAGAAAUGCUUUACCGGAUUUGGUAUUUGCAAUAAUACCGGAGCAAGAUUGGGCUUUAGCUGUUGGGGAUAUGCUAAUUUGUAUCGCAGGUGUUUUUGCUCUCGGAUUUAUCGCUGUAUUUCAUCGAUAUCGAUUUAUUGUCUUACGUCGAUUGAUAUUUACUAUAACUGUAUUGUAUACGUUCCGUGCCAUUUGCUUAGCUGUUACUCAUGUCCCGGCAAGUUACGAAGAUAAUCACCGUAAAUGUGUAAAACCGGAUAAUCAAGCAACAAUAUUAAGUGUUCUGAAACGACUCGCACAACACUUUUAUAAGCUAGGCCUACAGGUCAGUGAAAAUGGUAAACUGAUCUGUGGUGAUCUCUUCUUUUCCGGACAUACAAUAUUUGUCUCCACAACAACAUUCUAUUUCAAUCAUUAUUCACCACAUUCCAUUUGGCCAUUACGAUGGUUCUUAAUAUUGAUGUGCACUGGAGGUAUGAUUUGCUUAUCAAUAUCACGAACACACUAUAGUGUCGAUGUGUUAAUUGCUUACUGGUUAUCCAGUUUUCUCUUCAGUCUUUACCAUUCAUUCGUUCUGCUACCACAUAAUGUACGUAUCCGAACACGUGCCUAUCGUCGUUUGCUAUUAUUUUGGACGAUGUACGAAUUGGAAGUGAAUGUACCGUCCGGACGUUUAAUAAAUGAAGUAGAAUGGCCAUUACCUUGGCCGAAAUGUUUGAAACGAUGUGUCAGCAAUUGGAAUAGACGAGAUGUAAAAACAAUAGCAGGUUCUAUGGCAGAGCAAUUAAAUGCGCAUCAUGUGAAGACACAUUUGUGA